UGUCCUCUUUCUCUCUGUUGCGGCGGUGGGUUGGAGCCGCUGUCCCCGCACUGGCACGCUCCUCCGUUUUCAUAUCCAUCCUCCGAUUUGAUUCCCCCCCAAAGCCAAAUUUUUCAAAUUUGUACACCCACCACAAAAGUCAUCCAGACCACCCCACUGAAAAGCCUCGUCAUUUUAAAUCAACGUCAAAAGACUUAUUGCCAAGAAAAAAAGAUGGCGGGGACGUCGGGGUCGGCAGUGGCCCGGCUCGAGGGCCGAGAAUUCGAGUACCUGAUGAAGAAGCGCUCGGUGACCAUCGGCCGCAACUCGUCGCAGGGCUCGGUGGAUGUGAGCAUGGGCCACUCGAGCUUCAUCUCCCGGAGACACCUGGAGAUUUUCACGGCGGGUGAGGACGGCUCCGGCGGCGGAGACUUCUACCUGCGGUGCCUCGGCAAAAACGGGGUGUUCGUGGACGGGGUAUUUCAGAGACGCGGGGCUCCUCCUCUCCAGCUUCCCCGAGUGUGCACAUUUCGCUUCCCCAGCACAAACAUCAAGAUCACAUUCACCGCCCUGUCCAGCAACAAGAAGGAUAAGAGGAACACCCCAGAGUCACCCGUGAAAGCCGUCCAGCCUCAGAUCUCACCCCUGACCAUCAACAUUCCAGAUAACAUUGCCCACCUGAUGAGUCCUCUUCCCUCUCCGACAGGGACAAUCAGUGCUGCGAACUCAUGUCCAUCCAGUCCACGAGGAGCAGGACUGUCCAGUUACAGAGUAGGACGUGGGCUCACAGCUGAACUCAUAGGGGACAACUCGCAGUCUGAAAACGACAAAGAAGCCUCUGGAGGAGAUAGUCCGAAGGAUGACUCAAAACCACCCUACUCAUAUGCACAACUGAUUGUCCAAGCAAUUACCAUGGCUCCAGAUAAACAGCUCACUCUGAAUGGAAUAUACACCCACAUCACUAAAAACUACCCCUACUACAGAACUGCAGACAAGGGCUGGCAGAAUUCUAUUCGCCACAAUCUGUCCUUAAACCGCUACUUUAUCAAAGUGCCCAGAUCCCAAGAAGAGCCCGGCAAAGGCUCGUUCUGGAGGAUAGACCCCUCCACAGAGGGCAAGCUGAUGGAUCAGGCCUUCCGUAAAAGAAGGCCUCGUGGCGUUCCCUGCUUCAGGACCCCACUCGGCCCACAGUCCUCCCGGAGUGCCCCUGCCUCUCCUAACCACACAGGGGCGCUGUCAGCCCACUCUAGUGGCGUACAGACUCCAGACAGCCUGUCGAGAGAAGGCUCUCCUGUUCCCACAGACCCUGAGCCUUCCCCUGCCUGUGCCUCUGUUCCAGCUGUUGCAGUUCAGCCCAAACUAGCAGUCAUCCAAGAGGCUCGCUUUGCACAGAACACACCAGGUUCUCCAGUCUCCAGCCAGCCCGUGCUGAUCACUGUCCAGCGGCAGCUCCCACAGAGCCUCAAACCGGUGAGCUACGCCGUGGCUACACCAGUGACCACCUCCACCUCCCAGCAGCCCAUCAUGCAGACACUCCACGUGGUGCACCAGAUCCCUGCCGUCUCAGUGACUGCCGUUACGGGCUUCGCUACAACCAAUGCGCACACACCAGAAGAGCAUGUUGUGUCCAAAACAGAACCGCAGGAGAAUGGGGAUCACCAAGAGGUCAAAGUGAAAGUAGAACCUGUGCCUGCCAUCACAACUGCCUCUAUAGGUGCAGCUACUCGUGUCCUUCAGACUUCUGCAGCCACUCCCAUACAGACAGUAACUAUAGUGCAGCAGGCACCGCUAGGACAGCAUCAGCUUCCUGUUAAGGCCAUCACACAAAACGGCACGCAUGUGGUGGCUGCAAUCCAAGGAUCAACAAACACUGUAGCCAGUCCUCUUCACAUGCUGGCCACUCAUGCCUCUGCAUCAGCUUCUUUGCCCACCAAAAGGCAGAACGGCGACCAGUCCGAGCAGCCUGACCCCAAACGGCUCAAGGCUGAUGACGGAGGGGACACGGGGGCCGUUCCCGCCGCAGCAGAGAGGGACACCACCGAUUAGAGCUGCCACGUCACUUUCCUUUAACCUCACAAACCCUUCUUAGUUGAGACCACACCCACCAUAAAACCCACGUUAUCUGUUGUUCAGUCUAAGGUGCCAAACUGGGAAGUGAGAAGCAAAUUGGAGGAGGGUAGAGUGGUUUAAAGAUGGCACAGACAUGCAUGAUGUGCAAAAUUGAAGAAAGACGUGAUGAGGUUGUGAGGAGGACAACUAGAAGUGGACAGCAAGAGAGUGACAGGAGACCUUUUAGCAAAAUAUUUAAGUACUCACUGACAUAUGCAUACAUAUAUUGAUAUAGUGUACUUAAAGCUACGAAAUGUACUUUAGAUCAAACUUAGCAGGAAGGUCCAUGCCCCCAUCUCUUCUACCUCUGGGCAGAACUUAGAAGGUGAAGAGAUUGCGAUAUGGAUUUUGCAUUCUCUGGAGGAAUAGCUGGCAGCCUAACAUGCUGGAAAUAUAAUGAGUCCGUUUUAAAAUUUCAGGAAGCAGCAGGUAACAUCCGAACAUUCCUGUGUAUGCAGGUAAUUACACCAUAUAGGCUGGUCAUCUAUGGUUUACUUUAACCGUAGCGUAACUUUGAUGGAUUUAUAUUGUACGUGCAGUAGAUCUAAAUUAUAGGCACACGUCCUUCAUAUCCAGCAAGUUGUUAAAUAUACUGAGCAAAUGGGUUAAAUUUAAAGAGGUCACAUAAGAACUUGCCAAAUAGCAAAAAAAAAAAAAAAAAAAGAGGUUGGUUGUUAAGCUGUGAACCUGCACACAGUGGCAACUCAAUGAGUUUUCCUUUUCUUUAAAAACAAUUCUCUUCAGCAAAAGUAGAAUGAGGAGCUUUUUCCUCUAUCAUGGCAGCUAGCCUCGCUCAAUGUCGACCUACCUAAUCCAGUCCUUAGUAGAUAUGCAGUAAAUUGUUGUACAUGUGUAUCUUAGGAUAUAAUUUGUCUGUAUUUAUGUUCUCCACAGCACAGGUAUUUAACAACAAAAACAGUGCUAAAGUGAGUUCAAUGGCAUUUAUCACACGUUUUUCUCGCUUUUUUUUAAACGUAUGGACUCGUACAUUUAUAGAAGUGAAUGUAAUUGCUUCCUCAAAGAAAACACUAUUAAUAGAGGACUUGUGUUACUUCUGUUGAAACAAAUCCAAAUGAUGUUUCUCACCUCCUCAAGAGCUUUUUUUCAUAUUUUAACAGAUAACCUAUGAAAUAAGGAAUAUAUUUCCAUUUGUAUUUCACUGAAAUAUUUCAUCAGAGCUUGCAUGAAAAUGUGUAGAGAGCAUAUACUGUACCUGAGCUGGUUUCUUAGAAAGGAACCAAGAAGGAAGAGAGAUGGGGGGGAUAAAAGACUGAGAAGAAUCUGCUUUGAUUCGGACCACACUGCACUUAAAACUCAUUAAUGCUAUUUCCUUUCCUCCCUUGACCCUUUUAUGUUUUCAGUACGUCCUUGGCUGUGUUAACUUUGUGUUACAGUCGACAGUUGCCCGUUAAUAUUAUUUUACGUUGUUCAGACAGCUGAAAGAGAUGGCUCGAAUGCGAUGUAUUCCACAAGAAAAAAUAUGUGGUAGAUGUUGUUCUGCUUCAGUGGGUAAAUGCAUUUUUUACAUAAAUUAAAAGCUCCAUAAUUUCUGUUCUAA